AGCUCGUAAAGGUUGGAGGUGCUGUGAAUUUGUGUUGUGUUGAAACUGAUGUGCUUUUGGUGUUGUUUGGGAUUUUUUUCAUAAUCGAUAUUAAGGUCAUAAUGGUGUAAGAAAAACAAACAUGGCUGACACCGAGAGCAUUAUAAAGACAAAAGAAACGCACUCAGAAGAUUUGAAUGAAAAUUUCAAUAUACCCAUCACAAUGUUUAGCAAAAAACCUAGUUAUGUAAUAUAUAACAAUUUUUACAAAGAAGACUUAAAAAGAAUAACUCUGAAGAGAGAAUAUAGUUUUUACAACUAUUGUUUCAUAAGUGUAUGUAUUAGUUUUGUAUUAGGUUUUAUAAUUGGAGUUGUAUUAAUGGGCGCUCAAACAAGUAUCGCUGUAAAGAAUCCUAGAAAACUUAACUCCACUUUGAGAACGUUGAACUCAUUAAAAGUUCCCAAAGACACGAGAGAACUAGAAAUUUUAGAUAAAAGAGGGUUUUCUGCCGUUUCAUUCACGGGUGACAACCACAAAUACAAAGAUAUUUACCCUAAAAGUCUCACUGAUGAUAUGAAAGAGAUUUUGAAAGAUAAUAAAAUGAAUCGUGAACACAAAAAACUUAAUUUCAAUAAAACGUUACAUGUUCCUAAUGAAAACACCGUACUCUACGGAAACAUCUACUGGGGGACGGAAGUAGAAAACUCAAUGCCCCAAGGAUAUGGAGAGAACACGGCGGAAAUAUGGGAACAGUACGUAAACCAAAGCGAAGUCGUCAAAAUGGAAGCCGGAUGCGGAAGGAUGCAAAAUCGUCUCGUUACUUUCAAAGAUGGAAUCCAAGCUUGUGUGCGGUAUAGACAAAAUACAGAUCAAAUUCAAGGAGAGAUUUUUAGUUUCUAUGUCGCUCGUUUACUUAAUCUUACUAAUUUAGCACCAACAGUUGUUAAAAUAGUCGAUGUUAAAGAUAAGCUGUGGUCUAAUGUAGCUAAUGAUAUAGCGACAGCUCAGUGGAAUUCUAAUAGAGCAGUUAUUUUAACUCAGUAUAUACCGUCUCUUGAAUCGGCUACUAUACCUGAUAUUUUUAAACCCUCAAAUCGACAUCUAAACAAAAAAGACAUUCAGGAAAUAACGAUGAAAGAAAAAGAUAUGGGUAAACAAAUUUUAAUAAACAAACUAAAAUUAAAGACUGUAAAACCUAUAAUUGAUGACUCAGAUUUCGAUCACGUUGAUAUGAAACUGAAUAAGAAAACGAAGGAAUUAUUUGUAGAACUUGCUCAAUGGUCAGAUUUGAUUAUUUUCGACUAUCUAACUGCCAAUUUAGAUAGAAUUGUUAAUAAUCUGUUUAACUACCAGUGGAACGUGAAUAUAAUGGACGGACCCGCCCAUAAUUUAGCCAGAAAGAUGGACAGUGGACUACUAAUGUUCCUCGAUAAUGAAUCUGGCUUGUUACACGGUUAUAGACUAUUAAAAAAAUAUAAUGUGUAUCAUAGUUUAAUGCUAGAUAAUUUGUGUGUGUUUAGAAAGAGAACAGUUGACUCUUUAAAGGAACUAAGUGAAAUAUCUAUAGGUAGUAAAUUAAGUGAAAUAUUUCAUAGUAAAAAUAAUGCUGUAAUUAGAGAUAUAUUACCUCCGCUACCGGAGAAGAAUGCAAAAAUACUUCAAGAGCGAAUCAGUAAAGUUUUAAGUCAAAUUGAAAUAUGCGAGAGACAGUUUGGAACCAGAUAAUCUCAAUUCAUUAAUUAAUAGUCAGAUUAAAAUAUACGCCGAAGUCAUGCUAAGAAGUGCAAUUUAGCAGUUACAAUUAAAAUUCAUACUUGAAAUAAUGGCAUCAUACUUUCUGAUUAGAAUGAUCAUCAGUAUAAUCGACUAUUAGCAUGACUUCGUCUAAGUAAAACCCUGGGAUUAAGAUUAUAAACCAAAGAACGAUACAAUGGUGUAUGUUUCGUUUGAUUUUGAUUGUUCAAACAAAAAAACCCGAGUUUUUUAUUGAAUUACAAAUGCUGUUGACCAAUUAAAAUCAAACAAUGUGUUUUUAAUUCUUGUCCCACAGAACCUUUAAUAAUCCUUUCAACUUUUGUUUGAUGAAAAUUAUUUAAACGAAAUUCAUAGUUACUUAAAAUGUUUAAAGGUUUUUAACAAAGCAAGACAUACUGUAGAAAAUAAAUCACAUCCUAUGACUUUCCAUUAAAUGUAUUGUAUCAGCUGGAUCUCCUUUUGUUUAAACAACCUUUGCAUAAAUGAAUUGUAACUGACUAUAUCGAAUUUAAAAUUUGUAUAAAAUUAAUGUAUAUGUGAGAAAAGUGAUAGCGUUUUUGAUACCAAAUAUAAUUAUUUAUUGUAAAAUAUAUGUGCCAGUAAUAUGUGAUGAUAUUUAAUUAAAUUUGUAAAUACUUUAGCCGUCAAGUGGAAUACAAUGAACUCAUAUUAGCAAGUCGCAAGAUUCAAUAUUUAUUUUAUAUUUCGCCUUGUGUGUCCUUUUACUAAGCAGCAAUAAGGGAAUUAUUGCUGCUUAGUAAAAGGCUUUAAUAAACUAAUAAUAUACUUGUAAGAGACAUGCUUUGACUAGAAUAACACGUUACCCGGGUUUAAACAUUUUUGCGAAUAAAAUUGUGCAACUGCCCGAUUAAUUUAAAUUUGUAUUAAAAUGUGUUGUGUGAGCAAUGAACUACACUGAAAAAAAGAUUGUAAGUUCCUGAAAGCUAAAUUAAUUUAAAUAAAGAUGACACAAAGGCCAUACAGUACUUAACAAUUGGUUUUAGAAAAAGACAUUGUUCAAUGCAUUGUACAUAACUUAUGUAAUUUGUCACGGAUUCCACAUGAAGCGAGCUUUAAGUUAUGUAAAUAUAUGUAAAAUAUAUUAUGUAAUUAUAAUAAAAUGAAUGUUUAAAU